UAAUCUAUUGAAGUGUCAUUAAGUGUUAAUGCCAAACAUUCAUUUCUGUUUGCAGUGAUGGAUAUUUUGUAGUUUACAGUACUUUUGUGCCGUUUUAUAUUUUUCCUGUGUGUGCUUAUCUUUAAACACAGCGCCAUCUACUACGUCCUUAUAAUGCGCAAAUUAUGCGCUACACCACAUGUGGACGUGUUUAGUAUAACGGUAAAACAUAAAAGUUCAAUGGAACGCUACCAUUACAUAUGAACUACGAUCGAAAGUGAAGUGAACUACUAACGUUUUUUCUCAAGACAAAAAGUAUAAACAUGAACACAAUUAUUAAACAAAUUUCCUUAUUGUACAACCAAGAGCUCUACUCCGACUUGUUAAAACUCGGUGAACUUGCGAUAUCCGCAUUCGAUCAAAAACAUGACCCCACCUUGCAGUUUGGCAAAUUCCAACUACAAGUCUACUAUGCCGAAGCCUUGUACAAUACGCAACAGUACCAAACCGCCGAAAGCACCUACACGACUGCCCUACAGAUGCGGAAAUACCUUUUGAAAUCGAAAAACGCCAAAGUGCAAGAGGACAAGGAAUUUAUGACCGACGUCGACAUUAAAUACAAAAUCCAUUUGUGCUGUCUCAAACUGAAACGGUCACAGCGAGCGAUUGAGGUACUUCAGAGUAUUUCCGCCCGAAAUCGCACCCCCAAAAUAAACAUGGCGUUAGGCAAUUUAUAUCGAGAUUCGGGUAUGGAAAGGCCGGCAAUCGCCUGCUAUAAGGAGGUGCUCAAGGAGUGUCCGCUGGCGAUGGACGUCGUCGAAAAUUUAUUAAAGUUAGGCGUGAAGGGUACCGAAGUUAAUUCGUUAAUGCUAGGAGCUACGACCGAAUUAAAUUGGAUUAGUAUUUGGCUGCGAGGUCUUGCCGAGAUGUAUCUGCGAGAGUACAGAAGUGCGGUUGCGACAUUUAAAAGUUUGGACACUCCGGGCAAUCUUUGCAACAACUCCGCCUUACUCGUGAAUAUGGCACAAUGUCAUAAUUUGUUGUGUGAUGAAGCGAAGGCCUUGGCAGCUUUACAAAGGGUCGCAAGGAAUGAGCCAUAUUAUAUAAACGGAAGAGACCUAUUGGCGACUUUACUUGCGAACUCGACCGAAAAAGAACAUCACAAGGAUCUGGAACAUUUGAUUCCCGAUUUCGAUACGUCGUUGUGGUCCACCGAACAUUGGGUCGUCAUGGGGUAUCACAUGUUCGUCAAUAGCAAGUACGAACGCGCCGCUUACUUUGGCCAACAGGCUUGCCUGCUCAACAAACGGAACAUUGAGGCACUGCUACUGAAAGCGGCGACAUUCAUGCAAAUCAACAAAUACCACGAAGCGUCACUUCAUUAUAGAGAAGCUCUACAAUAUUGCCCCAAUCGAUUCGAAUCCAACUACGGUCUGGUGCAGAGUUACGUGGCGAUGAACAGACUACGCGAAGCGAUGACAGUGGCCAAAAAUACCUGCAAACAAAUGGACCACGCGCCCGCUGCACUCACAUUGUACGCGUCGGUCCUAUUAAAGGAUCCGAUGAAUACGGUCCAAGUGCGCAACAUUUUAGAGCUGGCCAUCACGAACGACCCAAAUUACACGCACGGUGUUUGCAUGCUCGCCGAACAGCUGGAACACGAGCAGUCCUACGACGAAGCGAUAGCAUUACUGAAACGUCACGCCGAAGUGAAAUCGUCCUCCAAAGUGCACCAAAUGUUAGCCGAUUGUUACAGACGUCUGCAAAAGGACGACGAUGCACUCGAACACUAUCAUAUUGCGUUAAGAUUGGACUCGCAAAAUCAGCGAGCACUCGAAGGUAUCAAUAAUAUCGGGAGAUCUCCGCCCUCCAACAAAAUGGACUCGAGUUAUUACAUGUCGAUGGGAGGGGAGUCAACAACGUACACUUCCCAAGCGCCUACCGGGUCUGAUCAUGAAGCUGAUGGAGAUACCGAUACAGAACAGUGGCCUAAUAAUGGGCAUGAUGUAAUGACAUUUGAUUAGCAUAGGGAAGUUACUAGCAAUAUUUAUUUAAUGUAUUCUAUAUUUGUUGAUAUUAAGUUAUUAAGAUGAAUAUAUAAACCGC